UCCCGCGUCUUCUCGCGAUAUUUUGCUCAGGUAUUCUGGUUGUCUCGUAACUGUCACGUCGCACAGCGUUGAAUCUCCACAGUAGCAACAACAGCGGUGACAUUUAUUCUCGACACGCUCCCUUCUCUCCUCCUUUGAAGGACUUUAAUGAGGACUUGACAAACCAGCUCCGCCGACUUCUGUGCUAUAAGAGAAGAUGUCCCUGUCUGGCUGGGUGUGUGUGGUAACUGGUGCCUCCAGGGGUAUUGGCAGAGGAAUAGCUCUCCAGCUGUCUGAGGCGGGAGCUACUGUCUACAUCACAGGACGCCAGGAGAAGACUCUGAAAGAAACUGCUGCACAGGUGAACGAGAGAGGUGGGAGGUGUUUGCCAGCUGUCUGUGAUUCUACAAAAACCGAAGACAUCGAGCAGCUGUUUGAGCGGAUCAAACGUGAGCAGAAUGGCAGACUGGAUAUACUGGUUAAUAAUGCCUACGCAGGAGUACAGGAUAUCUUCGAUAACAUGGGGAAGAAGUUCUGGGAAACUGACCCAUCUAUUUGGGAUACCAUCAACAAUGCAGGCCUCAGGGGUCACUAUUUUUUCUCAGUUUUUGGGGCCCGGUUGAUGGUUGCUCAGGGCCGAGGUUUGAUAGUGACCAUUUCAUCUUUUGGGGGGAUGCGGUACCUCUUCAACGUGCCAUAUGGUGUUGGUAAAGCUGCAUGUGACAGGCUGGCAGCUGAUAUGGCUGUCGAGCUGAAAAGCAGAGGAGUGGUUUCUGUCAGCCUGUGGCCGGGAGCCGUACAAACGGAGCUCGUCACUCAGCUUGUAGUGGAGAAAGAGACCCCACAGGGUAUAAAUCCUCAGUUUAAAACUGUCUUCGACAAUGGAGAAACCACAGAGCUGAGCGGAAGGUGCAUUGUCAACCUGGCAAAAGAUAAAAAUCUGAUGUCACUGACUGGGAAAAUACUCAUGACUUGUGACCUGGCAAGGCGCUAUGGAGUAAAGGAUGUUGAUGGGCGGAGCGUGGCGGACUACACUUGCGUAAAAUACCUCCUGAGCCAGUCUCCAUAUCUCUCCUGGCUCUCAUAUGUUGUCCCCUCUUUCAUUCGCGUGCCACACUUUGUGAUCACCCUAGCAAAUAGCAAGUUCUAAAGGUUCCCUACGUCAGUCCUCACAUGGCAUGGUCGGUCAUUUCACUGGCUUAACCAUUACUAUUGGCUAAAGGGUGUCAAGAGGAUUUACGCUCAACAUUAUUUUUGAGGGAGUAUCUAUCCUUUGCAUAUGUACGUAUACUCAUACACAUUCCAGCCACAGAGCUUAACUGAUUCUAUGAAGUUUGAAGUAAACAAGGUUUGCCUGAAGGAUGUCCUAGCAUACUGACUGUUUAACAUAAUGUAGGUGAAGCAAUACAAUGUGAAAAUUGCAAUUUCUUGUUAUAACCAUGUGCAAUUUCCUAAUUACUACAUGAAUAUAAAGGAUCUUUUUGAAACACAUGAAGAAGCACUGCACUUAUUUUUGCAUUUUUAUUUAUUAAAUUUUUAUACUCGCACACUACAGCUACCAUCAGCGAGUUAAGUAACAAAUAACUAAAUAAACCAAUGUAAACCUGCUGCUGCUUAUAUUUCUCAUUCUUUUUUGCAAAUCUUUGGCAAAUUAUUUCAUAGUUAAAUGAUUCCAGUGAAUAUGAUUUUUUUCCCGUCAUGUCUUUAAUAUGGUAAAAUGUGCAAAUGGUAAGUUUUAUGUACUGGAAGACAAAUUAGAGUGGGACUUUCUGUAUCAUUACUAUUCGCUAGAAUUAGUUUCUGGGUAAGACGUGUGGCUGAAUUACUCAGAUAUUACAGUUGACCUUUGUGUGUAAAUCUGUGUUUUUGUGUUUAAGGAAUUUUUUUCAUUGAAAAAAGUAAAUAUGCAGCUUUGCACAGAGAUGUUUAUAAAGGUUUAAUUGAUGACACUAAUGAAAGGGAUUUUAAAGUGCAUCUGCCGUAUUUUACAUGAUAGAAUAUCAGUGAUAUGAAUCCAGUAUAUUGCUCUUGGAUGAACAGUAUCUCUAAAACAUUGUUGAUUUCAUACUUCCAUCCAUUUCACAUUAUAAAGACAAAUGUGACAACCUGUAAAAUAUACCUUAUGAGCAUUAGUACAUGUAAACCUCUCUGGCUCUUAGUUAAGAAAUCUUGAGGUCAAGCCAUUUAAAAUUAUUGUAAUUAUUUAGAUUUGUCAUAUUGUUUACUUGAGAGGACGGCCUGCUCAAGGCAGAUUUACACAUAUGCAAUAGUCUUUCAAUUUCUUAAUGAUGACUUUAUUGUUCUUGCAGCUAUCCCGAUGUAUGCCUUUCAAUAAAGUUUUUACUGAUUUGCUUGGA